AUGGCUAACCGUUGGUUAACACAUUUUAUUCGUGAUCCAUUCAUGUCUUCUACAUUAAGAGAAGCCAGAAGAAUGUGUGAUGAAUUUGAUCGUGCUUUUAUGAUGCCUCCAUAUUGGCUUAACAAGACACUUUCUGAAACUCACAAAUUUGGUCAACCAUCUUCUGAGAUUAUUGACAAUGAAAAAGAAUUUAAAGUAAAGAUGGAUGUUUCACACUUUGCUCCAGAAGAAUUAAAAGUUACUGUCAAAGACAAGUGUCUUCAAGUUGAGGGUCACCAUGAGGAAAAAUCUGAUCAAUAUGGAACAAUUCAAAGAAGUUUUGUUCGUAGAUAUACUUUACCACCAAAUUUAAAAGAAGAAAAUGUAAUAAGUCAACUUAAUAAAGAUGGUAUCCUUACUGUUGGAGGUACAAAACUUGAAGUAGAAGAAAAUAAAGCCAAAAGUAUCCCUAUUGAAUUCAAAUAA